GGUGUUGCGGGGCGAGAAUCGCUUCCCGCAUUCCGGCCCACCGAGCGCUUUCCCCUUCCUCACCCCAGCAAAAGCCCCUUUUCCUCCCCGUUUUGGGAGGGCCGAAGGUUUCGGUUUGGGAGGCUCCGCCCCGAGACCAGGCCGGUUGCACUGCCUCUCCUCCUCCCUUGCGGCGCCUCGCCGCCUCGCUCUUCUUCCAUUUCCGAAGGCGAUGGAGCUGCAGGCGGCUUCCCGGGCUCGGCUGCCCUGAGCCGGGAGGAGGAAGAGCCGCUCCUGGCGCCUGGUCCUUGCUAUGGAAGACGUGCUGCCUUCUGCCAUACUGGAAAUCUGCGUCUCGGUUGGAGUACCCAGAGAAAAGGUGAAAGAAGCUUGCCAGAUUGCUCAGAAAAAGGAUUUAAAAAGUAUUCCCUCAUUCGACCCAGAAAUUCUUUCUGUUUUUGUACCUCCAUUUAUCAGCAAGCAGGAGGUACAGACAAGUAUAAGUAGCAAUGCAGUCAAUAAAACAAAACGGCGCUCCUUUCGGAAGAAGAAAGAGAAACCCAAGGUUGAAAAUGCGAGAGCUCUGAAUGGAGCCCAGAAAGCUCCCGAAACUGAAGAUGUUAGCGUCCCCAAAGAUGUUGACCUGGAUGGAUUGCCGCAGCUUUGUUUCCCAGGAGGAUUUCACAUAAUGUGUGAACCUAGGGAAGACCGUUUCCAUUUUCUUGUUUUCACGGAUGUUUGUGGCAACCGAACCUAUGGUGUGGUAGCACAGUAUUACCAGCCUGUGCAGGAUGGAUACAUUUCCUCCAACGGACAGGUUCAGUGGGAAACUACGUGGAACUCUAGAGCUGUUCCGUAUUUCGUACCUUGUGCUGUAUGUGUCAUAUCGAGGUAUCCAUACUUCAAUGCCCUCAGAGACUGCCUGUCUUGCCUGUUGGCACAGUUGAAGCCUUACAAGGAUUUGGAUGUUGAUGACUAUAUAAAAGAAUUUGCAGCAAAGCUGUCCUUAAUACCCAGUCCUCCUCCAGGACCACUCCAUUUGGUAUUUAAUAUGAAGCCUCUCCAAGUCGUAUUUCCAUCUCGGGAGGAUCCUGACAGCCCAGUUAUUGAUUUGGAUCUGCACCUUCCUUUCCUGUGCUUUAAAUCAGAGCAAGUUUUGCAGAUAAUAACUUGUAUUUUAACCGAGCAGAAGAUUGUUUUCUUCUCUUCCGAUUGGGCAUUGCUCACACUCAUAUCCAAGUGCUUCAUGCUGUACCUUCAUCCUAUCCAGUGGCAACACACUUUUGUGCCUAUUCUGUCUCGUCAGAUGUUGGAUUUUGUCAUGGCUCCUACAUCCUUCCUCAUGGGAUGCCACAGUGAUCACUUUGAAGAAGUUUGUAAGGAAGCUGAUGACUUAAUUCUAAUUAACAUUGAUAAUGGCAAUAUUACACAAUCCAAGUCUUCUGGAGAUGAGGCGGAAAUUCCAGAUAUCCCACUGCAAGCAGCAAGUAUUUUUAUGACAAGGGCAGAAAAUCUUCAGCUACACUAUGACUUAGAACUCUGCCACUUUGGUUCUUGUACAGACCUCAGUGAAAUACAGUUGCGGAGGAGAAAUUGGCAACAGAAGCUAAAUUCUGAAAUUCAGCAGAUUGCUCUGCAGUUAAUAGUCAAUAUAUUUAGGGAAGUGAAGGACCAUUUGAAUUAUGAGCACAGGGUUUUUAACAGUGAAGAAUUUAUGAAAACAAGAGAAAUAAAUGAUCAACCAUUUUACAGAAAGGUAUUGGAGACUUAUAUGUUCCACUCCUUCCUUAAAGCUCGCCUUAACAGAAAGAUGGAUGCUUUUGCCCGCCUAGACCUCAGCACUCAAAGUGAGGAAGAGAGAUUAAGUUCCAUGUUUGAUAGCCCAAGGAGACCGACGAUGGAGAAAAUGGCCUCAAAAAGAUUUAAUCCUCAGUACAUGAUCAGCAAGCGUAUGGGGAUGAGUUUGCCUAAUCUCCAGGAUAUCAACCUGAAGCCUGAUCCAAUAAGGAAUUCUUCCUUUCGGAACAUCAACACUAAGCACGCUGCAAGAUUGUCCUCUAAGUCAACAUACACGUUCCGGAUCCCAGAAAUCCACUUUCCCCUGCUGGGCCAGUAUGUCCACUCUUACUACACUGAUUUCAUCAACCUCCUCAGCAGAGCUAUUAAUAUUGUGUCUCCUAAUAAUUCUGUACUUCUGGCAAGGUAUUUCUACCUUAGGGGACUUAUUGGUUUGAUGCAAGGAAAGCUUCUGAAUGCGCUUUCAGACUUUCAAAAUCUGUAUAAGACAGACAUAAGGAUAUUCCCUACUGAUCUUGUGAGGAAAAUGGUGGAAACUCUCCCUCCUUCGGAUCGUUCCCAAGCAGACCAGAAGCCAGAACUGAAGAGGCUGGUAAGUCAAGUCAUGAUGGAUAAGCAACGGGAGAUAACCAAAGUGGAUGACCAUGUGAAACACUUUGAGCUGCCCAAGACUCACAUGCAGCAGGAUGACUUUGUGAAGCGCGUUCAGGAAUCUGGGAUCGUCAAAGAUAUUGACACGAUUCAUCGGCUCUUUGAUGCAUUAACAGUAGGCCAUCAGAAACAAAUCGACCCAGAAACAUUUAAAGACUUUUACAACUACUGGAAGGAAACUGAAGCAGAGGCUCAAGAUGUAAACCUGCCGCCCACUGUAAUAGAACAUUUAGACAAAAAUGAAUGUGUCUACAAAUUAUCGAGCUCAGUUAAAACUAACAAAGGAGUUGGAAAAAUAGCAAUGACUCAGAAGCGUUUGUUCCUUUUGACUGAAGGUGUUCAGCCUGGCUAUGCAAGCAUUGCAACUUUCAGAGAUAUAGAGGAAGUGAGGAGUACUACCGUUGCUUUUCUCCUCCUCAGGAUUCCCACUCUGAAGAUAAAAGUGAUGUCCAAAAAGGAAGUUUUUGAAGCAAAUCUUAAAUCUGAGCGUGAUCUUUGGCAUUUAAUGGUGGAAGAGAUGUGGGCUGGGAAGAAGAUGGCAGAUGAUCACAAGGAUCCUCAGUACAUCCAACAAGCGCUUACCAAUGUCCUUCUGAUGGAUGCAGUCGUAGGUGCCUCGCAGUCCCCCAAAAUGAUUUAUGCUGCUUCCAAACUCUCUUACUUUGUCAAGAUGAAAAAUGAAGUGCCCAUGAUGGUCCCCAAGACGACAGCAGAAACCCUGAAGCACAAGAUCAAUCCAUCCGCUGGUGAAACAUUUCCACAGGCUGUGGAAGUUUUGCUUUAUACCCCAGGGCAGCUUGAUCCAGCAGAGAAGUAUGGAGAUGCCCAUCCAAAAUUGUGGUGUGCUUUGAACGAGGGGAAGGUUGUGGUGUUCGAUGCAUCUACGUGGUCUAUUCAACACUGCUUUAAAGUGGGCAGCUCUAAGUUGAAAUGUAUGGUAAUGGCAGAACAAAGUCAAGUCUGGAUUGGUUCUGAAGAUUCCAUUAUCUAUUUAAUCAAUACCCAUAGCAUGUCUUGCAAUAAGCAGCUGAACGACCAUCGCUUUGAAGUUGUGGACAUUAUUGUGGAGAACAGAGACGGUGUGUCCAGCGAGGUAAAUUCGGACAAUGAGGCAUAUUCGUGCAGCUUAGAUGGGAUGGUGAUUGCCUGGAACAUCAGCUCUUUAAAAGUGAACCGAAGGUUUCAACUGCCUUGUGACACUCUAACUGCUAUCAAACUCCACAAUAACCGACUUUGGUGUUGUAUAGGAAACUGUAUUCUCGUCGUCACCACAAACGGAAUUGUUUGGCAGAGGGUUAAAAUGGAAGAAAGUGCAAGAGAUCUGCCUGUGUUCUUUUUGUGUUUCCAGCUGUUCCCUGAGGCAAACCAAGUGUGGGCAUCGUGUUUAGGGAGCACUGAACUGUACAUCUGGAACAUGACUGAUCUGUCUGCACCCUCACAAAGGAUAAGCCUGCAAGAUUGUUCAGAGAUCAUAUGUAUGAUGAAAGUUAAAAACCAGUUGUGGGUUGGCGGCAAAGGACGUUCCCAAGGCAAAAUCAAGGGCAAGAUCUAUGUGGUUGAUGCUGAAAAGAAAAUGGUGGAAAAGGAAUUGGUUGGACACAUGGAUGCAGUGAAAGCUUUGUGCUCUGCCGAGGACAGAUACGUUCUUAGUGGCUCUGGAAAGGAAGAGGGGAAGGUUGCAAUCUGGAAGGUUGAAUAGAGUUCACGGUUUAGAUCUGUUUCCUGCAGUUAGAAAACUUGGAAGUAGAGUGGGGAUUCUAUUAGGGCCAAGUUUGUGUAUAUUUCUCUUUUAAAUUUCUAGUUCAUUUUCAGGCCAAUUAUGUUUUUGUCCUGGAGAAGCCGAAGUGAAUUUUUAUUUAUAUCUGGUCAUUAGGACCAUGAAAUAUAUACUGACCCAAGAACUUGAAUGUAUAGUAGGACAACACUGGGUAACUCUUAAUAUUAAAUCAAAAGUAUCAUUUGCUUUCUGCAUCACAGAGUCAGUGGUGCAUCUUGUUCAAAACGCACAGUCGGGUUCCAUAUUUAUACUUCUGUGCUUCCAAGGACAAAGCUGGAGUUACAACACAAUCCUGUUCAUGCUUAGGAAAAAAAGGUCUGGAGCUCCCACCGUUGGCCAGCCAGCAUUCGCCACUCAGCUUGUCUGUCUAAACCAGCAUAGGCUUGUGCUUUUAACAGGGCAGUUCAUGUGGAAAUGCUGGUUAAAGUUGUAUUAUUUAAUCUUGCCUGAAUUGGUGGGCAUUGUCUCUUGAUUCCAUGGGAUCUGCCAGAUCAAGUAUAUUGGUUGAUACAGAACUGGCCUCUCUUACUUGCUGCUGUUGACCUGAUCCCGCUUUGUUCCCUGCUCUGGCGGAAGCCAGAAAUGGCUCUCCCCAUUCGAAAAAUGCUUGCAAGGAGAGGGGAUCCCUCUGCACUACAGGGGGCGCCACAGGAGAUCGCCUCUUCCACAGUCAGUGGUGCUACACCCAAGGCUUUCUCCAGUGGUACUAAUGCGAUGUAAUAGUUCCCUUUGCUGGGAUUGUGGUUUCUUACCGUUCCGAAGAAGGCAGCCAUACGGGCACCAGACCUACAAAGUUCUCCGUUCUCCAGAGGCAGCACUACUGCCUUGUUUCUUCAGCACAUUCCAGUUCGAUGGAAGAAGUUUAUACUGUGCCUUUAUUUUCAAAGGUGCUUCCAUUUGUUAGCAACCAAAAGCUGCUUCGCUUCUCUUUUACGUGCUCUUUAAUUGCCCCAUGUCUUUCAAAUAUUUAUAGGCAACUUUGUCAAGGACUUCUUGCAAAUUGCACUCUGCCUGUCUUCCCUUUGGUUGAUGUUCUCUUCUUACAUCGUUACUCUCAACUUACUUAUCCCCUCAAAAAUCUGAUGGGUGUAGCUGAAAUGUACAUAAAUAAUUAUUCUCAUACCACCUUUUAAAAAUGUAGCUAAAUACAUUUUUGGGAAAACUUAAGAAACAUAGAAACAGAGCAAGUCAGAAGGGGGCCUCCUGAGCCAUCUAGUCUGACCCCCGGCUCCAGCCGGCUCCGCUCACGACAUGCCCUUUUGGUAGUCUUUAUUGUGUCAUAUUGGGAUGGGGUGUUAAAUAGUAUCAUAAUAUAUUGUCCAUGUAGAAAAACUCUCCACUAUUAUGUAAGAAUUUAAUAAAUGUUUUAUAAACUA